AUGACAUCACAAGUUGGUCGUGUGAUUCACGAUCAGAACCUUAAUGCUCAAUCUAAUGGUGCUUCUGUUGUGGGAAAGACUGAUACAGUUAAAACACAAAGAAAAGGAGGCCUUGGUGGAAAGAAAUCGCUCGGUGAUUUGUCCAAUUCCGGGAAGCCUGCAUUCAAUCAGGCAUCAAAAAAGCAGCCUUCCAAUAAUUUUCCUGUCGUUGAGGAAGUGACCAGCCUUCCUAAAAUCGUUCAUGAUGCAAGCACUAGGAAAGGUGUUUUUAAAGCCUCAGAGAAAGUGCAGACCCAUAGUAGGAAUACACUAUCUCACAUUUCAAACUCAGUGAAACCAAAUCUGCAGAAGAACCACAGCAUGAAGCUAAAGCCGGAGAGUCCCUUAAGGUGCAAAAAGUUGGAAGAGAUGUCUGAAAAUCUUGACCCUCCACCUCCUGUAUUUGAAUCACCAAAAUACUACACUGCAUAUGAGGAUUUUGAUGAGCUCUCUGACAAGUUUGACUAUCCACCAAUUGACUAUACUGAUUUCCCUUGGAUUUCAGAGGACUGUGAUUUCAAGUUGAUGUCUCCAAAUCAUUGA